AUGAUGGCGACUGAGAAUCCGUUCUUAAGGAAUGCAAAUGUGGGACAAUCGUCCGCUGAAGAGGUGCCUGCUGGUUCAUCAAACAUGGAUACUUACAACAGCAAGAAUCCUUUCUUGUCGCCAAACUUGGUUAGAACGAAUGAUCCUUAUAUGGAGUCUUUGGCAGAUGAUUUGUUCAGUAGUUUGCAAAAAAAUUCGGUGCGUUCACCGGUAUCUACCGAAUCCUCUAGCCCCGUUAAAACAAGCCAUGAUCUUUUAGAAUUUCGUCCUAAUUCAUCUCUGAGCACAGCUCGACCUCUAUCUUCUAUGAGUACUGACCGACCUCCGUCAUACCGAUUAUCACGUGCUCGUAGCACUCAUGUAGGAUCCUCCAGUGGCCGCUACCGGUCUCCUUCCAAAACUGACUCCUCUCCAUCUAAUCAAUCCGGUUACUCCCCUGUCAAGGGUAAAAUUCGUCGACACAAGACGGUUCGUGAAGGUCAGCGAAAUAAGAAUAUCACGAAGGAACCGUUAGAUCAAAUUGAUCGUUUAGAUGUAACAGGAAUAUACGGUUCAGGAAGUUUCCAUCAUGACGGUCCUUUUGAUGCUUGCCGACCUCACCGCAAUCGUAACGUGAAAAAAGCUCCAGUGGCUGCUUUUCCAAAAGACAGUAUUGCUAACUCUAUUCCAAAAGUGGGUAAUAACUUUCAUGACCCCUCUGCUCCAAAGGAUUUCAGUAGAAAGGCUAUCCACGAUAACCUUCGUACGAAAGCCAUUCUUCAAUCUCCGUUUAGUACUAUGACUUAUGACGAAGAAAAUCCGGUUCCUGCCGGUAGCACUGAUGCUCCCGGUUUAACAGAUUCAACUCGAAUUGAAGGUGCCCUUGCUUCUAAACGCGCAAUAGCUCGCAAUGAAGAAUUGCAGGCCAUGGAAAGAGCUGGUCUCCACAGAAAGAAUUCUUUAAUGCGACGACUCAAUCUCGGGCGUACCGGCAACCUCUCUCGUUCCUCUACUUUACCCAGUAAUUACCGUUCAAGGUCUGCUCUGGAUGUCCGUAAAUCCCCGCUAGCGUCGCCUCAAGCUUUGAAACCUAUAUCCAAUGUUGACGAGUAUGGAAGUGAUGAUAGUAUUUCCCAAUCACGAGACUCUCAGAUAACACCCUCAUCGAAGAAGGCACCUCCCCCACCAAAGAGAAGAAAUGGUGGCUUAAACACACGCCCUUACCCAGUUCAUACCCAGUCACAAACAUCUCUUCCCUUGACUGCCAAAGAACAAUCGAAACCCAAAAAAAUGAACUUGUUCCGAAGACUAUUCAGCAGACGAAAGUCUUAA